AUGAAGAGGCAGGCGGAAUCCCAAGAUGUGGCAGGAUCGCCCAACCAGCGCAAAGUCGGGCGCAAAUCUGCGCCCAAACUGAAAGUGCUUUGCUACUCCUGCCCUCUCAUGGGGCAUGUGACACCCACCUUGAGCCUUGCCAGCGCUUUGGCCAAGAAGGGCCAUGAGGUCAUCUUCGUCAGCUCGCAGGGGCUUGCGGGGAAGGUGGCCGAGAGCUGUCGGAGGUCCGGCUACAUGUUUCGUGGCCUGGCAGAUGCCAUGACAGCGGAGGAGCUGCGAACCAUCCAUCCAGCAGAAGGCCCUGUGUUCAUGGACUUCACCGAGAAACAUGGCCCGCUGCUGGCUCAGAUGAUCAAGGUCGAGAUGAAGAUCGAGAAGUAUCAUUCCAGUGGUCCUAGCCCACGCUUGAAGUCCCCACAAAACUGGAAGCCUGAUGUGGUUGUCGCCGACUUUGCCAGUGGUGCUGGCCUUCUCCAGGCGAAGGAGAUGCAGUUGCCACUGGUCAUCAAUGUGCCAAUGCCCGCCAGUCUUCUAAGGAGAGUGCUGCUUGCGGACAACCCUCUCCUGAACUACAUAGUCAGCAACUGGAUUCAAGUCGGAGACAAGCACGCCAUUCAGUAUUUGGGCCAGGUCGCAGUGCCAGCGCUCAAGACUGCGCCCAGCAUCGUGAACAGCUCCUCAGCUUUGGACGGUCGCAUCUCUUUGCCGCCUAACUUUCUGAUCUCCGGGCCUCUGGACGGCUUUGCAGCAAAACCGCUGUUACCCUCUCGCCAUGCUGACAUCCUUCAAUUCGUGAAGACAGCGAAGUCCCAGGCAAAACCACUGUUUUACAUCACGACAGGGAGCUUGAUGGACUUGUCAAAGGAGCAGGUCCUGGCGCUCUACGAGGGUUUCGCCUCCUGCGACGUUCGGGUGCUGUGGUCAUUGAAGGACACCAAGCGAGACUUUCUUCCCAAGCCUCUUUCUGCGGACUUCCUCAUCGCAGCCUGGAUGCCCCAAGUCGAGAUCCUCUCCCUGCAGGAAUUGACCGCUGUGUUAACCCAUUGCGGGUGGGGUGGCUCCCUCGAGUGCAUGAUGGCGGCAAAGCCAGUGAUUUGCUUCCCCGGCUUUGGAGAUCAACAGCAAAACGCGCGCAUCCUCAAUCGGAAGGGCUGCGGCCCUUUGCUGAAGCCCAGCUCUGUGACAGCGGGGGCUGUUGCAGCGGCUGUAAAAGACGUUCUGACAAAGAUUCAGACUUACCAGGGCAAUGCGAGGAGGAUUUCCGACGACCUGCGGCAAAGCCCUGGUCCCGAGGCGGCGGUGGAGCUUGUCGAAAAGGCCGUCGAAGAUGGCUCAGCAAGCUCGACAUCAAGUGAGGCUGCUUCAUCCAGAUGUGUGGUGAGCUGA